CCUCACAAAAAUAUUAAAAUUUUGCACCGGGCUUCGAUCACAUCGCCGUGAAUUAUUCUCAAUAUGACUAAUUUGAUAUUUGUGCACAUAAAGACCUCUAUACUCAAUAUCAGAGUUCACUCAAUAAUAUUACUGAUUUUUCUGGGAGAUUUAUCAACAUUUGGAAUUACUUUUAAUAAUGGACUAAAAUGCAUAUCCGCUUUAAAAUCUCAAAGAACUUCCCGGCAGGCAGAACAAUAUAAAGGUAAUAUCGAGGACUCAGUGGAAUCGGAUCCUAACGUGGCUCUAGAGGGACAAUGUAUUGUGGUGUGUGAUGCUGACAUAAUUGGUCUUAAAACAUCAUUAGAAAAAAGAAGCCAAGAAGCAAAUGCAGAAAAGUAUUACCAAAAUCAAGAAUUGAAGAACACCGACGAGAAUAUGCGUACAGGCCCAGUUACGGAAGACUCGUCAACUUCGUCGGGUAAAUUAUCAUCCCGAGGAUGUGGCGAUAUAAUGGGAAUAGGACGGCGAAACAGACGUGUUGCUUUUUCUGUGAAACGAAGUACAGAACUGACGACAGUAACCACUGCUAUUAACGGUAGAGCAACUGUGACGUUUGAUCACGUAAUGGUCAACGUCGGAAACGCAUUUGACAUGGAAAGCAGUAAUUUUGUUGCGCCUGUAAGCGGAGUCUACUCACUCUAUUUUCAAGUAUACAGAUUAUACAACAAAAGCCCAUUGACGAUUGAUCUCUUGGUCAAUGGGAUUCCUAUUAUUCGAGGAUUUGCUGAUGGUGAAGGCGACAAUCAUAAUUCUGCUCAUAACAAAGGAAUUGUACAUCUAAGAGCCAGAGAUCGAGUAGAACUGCAAGUUAUAGGUGGAAAUCUUGAAAGUGGAUGGAAAUAUUCCACGUAUUCGGGGUUCUUGAUAUUUGAAGACGAAGACUUGUAAUUCGUUGUUUUAACUACUUCUAAUAAAUGUUGGAAAUAAAAAGGUAAAAUGGUACCGUCUUACCAUGGCGGAUAACAAACGUGAAGUAAUUUGGAUCAAACGAAGUUUGGUGUUAAUGGAGGAAUGCGUCGAAUUUUACGAUUGUCUAGAAUCUAGAAAAAAGUCUUUUUUUAUAUUUUUUUCAAUUUAAAUGUCAUAUUUUAUCACAUAGAGUUUAAUAAAAUAUAAUGCAUUUUAAUGUA